GAGCACGCCCUUGCCGACAGCGCGGGCCCAUGCAGCUCCGUCGGCAGGAAUUCCGUCAGAAGCUGGAAGCGAGGGCCCGGAUGAGGCGAGAGAACCACGGCAUGUCCUCGCUCUACUCCUCGAACGCGGGGACACUACGCGCCGAGGAGCUACGCCCGCUCGAACGCCGUCUGCCAGACCGAGAAUGUCUACGAACCGCUGGAACGCCCACCGGAGACAGAGGCGGGCGUGCAGACAGACCCCUGGACGGAAAGCGGUUCUCCUCCGCCAGUCAUAGCCCAGAAUCCGAGCGGCGUCGACGCUGCGACUCAAGUUUUCGACACCGAGCUCGACGCGGACGACGAGGACGGGGCUGUGUUGGCGGCUCUGGUGGGCAGGACGAUGAAGGAGGCGAUCUUGGAGGUGGCCCUCGAGGAGCAGGCCGAGGAGGAGAGGAUCAGCAGACUGACUUCGGAGGCCCUCUCGUCCUUCAAGGGUGUAAUCAAGAAACGUCAUGUGUGAGGGAUGGGAAAUAUACACCUCGUUCGACCUUUUGGCUUCAUUUUUCGGGGAUGUGGGUCCGGAAGGGCAUCCAUCCCACUAACAACUGUGAAGACAAUGAACUAUGUUACUUUGGUUAG